AUGGAUUUCUGGGCAACAUCCGAAGGACAAUUUGUUAUUGCCGCCGCUGUCGGUAUUAUUGUUGUGGGUGCUUCCUAUUAUUACUUGUUUUCCUCCAAGAAACCCAAAGUGUGCUUGGAACCUGAUAGCUUCAAGGAGUUCAAGCUUGUCAAGAAAACACAACUGAGUCACAAUGUUGCUAAGUUCAAAUUUGCUCUUCCUACACCCAUUUCUGUAUUGGGCCUUCCUAUAGGACAACAUAUGAGCUGCAGGGGUAAGGAUAGUCAAGGUGAAGAUGUUGUAAAACCUUACACACCGACUACUUUGGAUUCUGAUGUUGGAUAUUUUGAGUUAGUUAUAAAGAUGUAUCCACAAGGAAGAAUGUCCCAUCAUUUUAGAGAAAUGCGUGAAGGUGAUUAUCUGGCUGUGAAAGGACCAAAGGGCCGCUUUAAGUAUCAGCCAGGGCAGGUGAGAGCAUUCGGAAUGAUUGCAGGAGGUUCAGGAAUUACGCCAAUGUUUCAGGUUACAAGAGCAAUUCUUGAAAAUCCCAAUGACCAAACAAAAGUUCACCUGAUAUACGCUAAUGUUACGUUUGAUGACAUUUUGUUAAAGGAUGAAUUGGAUAGUCUUGCAAAGAACUACCCCGGCAGGUUCAAAAUAUACUAUGUUCUCAACCAUCCUCCUAGUGAAACAUGGAACGGUGGCAUUGGUUUCGUCACAAAUGAAAUGAUUCAGGCUUAUUGUCCUGCUCCAGCCUCUGAUAUUCAGAUUUUGAGGUGCGGUCCGCCUCCGAUGAACAAAGCCAUGGCUGCUCAUCUUGAAGCUCUUGGAUAUUCUCCUGAGAUGCAAUUCCAGUUCUGA